GCACUCCAAAGACUUCUGCCAGUUGCAGUCCUGCUCCUGAAUCUCCCAUGAGCUCCAGCGAGUCAGUGAAGAGCCUGACUGAAUUGGUACAGCAGCCCUGCCCCGCCAUAGAGACAAGUAAGGACGGCAAAUCCCAGGAAUCUAGCGAGCCGCCCGCUUCCGAAUCCCAGUCCACAACACCUUUGCCGCUGUCGGGCCACUCGGCGCUCAGCAUUCAAGAACUGGUCGCUAUGUCCCCGGAGCUGGAUACGUACGGCAUUACGAAGAGGGUCAAAGAAGUGCUAACGGACAACAAUCUCGGUCAGCGUUUGUUUGGGGAGACAAUCCUAGGGCUCACACAAGGCUCUGUCUCAGACCUGCUGGCUCGCCCGAAGCCCUGGCACAAGCUGAGUUUGAAGGGACGGGAGCCCUUUGUCCGCAUGCAGCUGUGGCUGAACGAUCCCAACAACGUGGAGAAGCUGAUGGAUAUGAAACGCAUGGAGAAAAAAGCCUACAUGAAACGGCGACACAGCUCUGUUAGCGACAGUCAGUCUUGUGAGUCCUCAUCCGCUGGAAUCGACUACAGCCAGGGAGCCAGCCCGCAGCCGCAGCACCAGCUGAAGAAGCCCCGGGUGGUGCUGGCCCCGGAAGAGAAAGAAGCUCUGAAACGAGCCUACCAGCAAAAGCCAUACCCAUCACCAAAAACCAUUGAGGAACUCGCUACGCAGCUCAACUUGAAAACCAGCACCGUGAUCAACUGGUUCCACAAUUACAGGUAG